AUGGGUGAUAAGUGGAUUAAGGCUCUCGAUCUUCAACCGCACCCGGAAGGUGGCUACUACAGCGAGACUGGUAGGUCUAGGAUCCUUACCAAGUCUGAGACAGGUCUUGAGGUGCCGUUAUAUACCAACAUCCACUUCUUGCUUGAAGACAAGAACCCAUCGAGAUUCCAUCGUCUUCACUCCGAGGAAGUAUGGUAUUUCCACGAUGGACAACCUUUGACAGUGCAUUGUAUUUAUCCGAAUGGUGAGUACAAAAAGGUUAAGCUUGGCAAAGACCCUUCUGCUGGUGAAGUGGUACAGUUUGAAGUUCCCAGAGGUGUGAUCUUCGGCUCAUCGGUCGAGACCGGAUGGGCAUUGGUGAGUUGCAUGGUGUCUCCUGGGUUUGACUUUAAAGAAUUCCAUCUCUUUGAACAGACCGAUCUUUUGGGCCGAUACCCGGAGCAUGCUGAAAUCAUCAAGUGCCUCACUUGA